CCGGGUUCAGUGUCUGCGCCUCCCGCCCUGCUCGCCUAGGCUCCGGGGAUGCGCGGAGGAGGCGGCAGCGAAGGCCAUGAUGCUUCUAGCCUGGCAGUAUCCGGGCCGCUGGGCGCAAAUGGGGUCGCUCCUGCGACAUGGAGGAGGAAGGGCGAUGCUGCAGCCAGCUGGCAGGCUUAUCUUCUUUGGCCCUCUUUUGACGUGUGUCCCGCGUCUGUGAGCUGAGUUCCUGACUCUUCCUGCUGAUUUUUUUUCUUUUGAGAAUACGAGGAAGAGACACCUCUCUUUGAAGAUGAACUCAAGUGGCCCGCUUCAGAAUGCUCCCAACGCCACCCUGCUGUACAUUCCUCCGUCGCGGGCAGGAAACGGCACUUCUCUCCAGGAGGACCUUCAGGAUUUUAUCCACACAGCCACCUUGGUGACCUGCACUUUUCUGCUUGCCAUCAUCUUCUGUUUAGGCUCUUAUGGAAACUUUAUUGUCUUCUUGUCUUUCUUUGACCCAGCCUUCAGGAAGUUCAGAACCAACUUUGAUUUUAUGAUCCUGAACCUCUCUUUCUGUGAUCUCUUCAUCUGUGGGGUUACAGCCCCCAUGUUCACCUUUGUGCUGUUCUUCAGCUCGGCCAGUAGCAUCCCAGAUACCCUCUGCUUCACCUUCCACCUUACCAGUUCAGGCUUUGUUAUCAUGUCCCUCAAGAUGGUGGCUGUGAUUGCCCUGCACCGGCUCCGCAUGGUGAUGGGGAAGCAGCCGAAUUGUACGGCCUCCUUUUUCUGCAUCUUUCUCCUUACCCUGCUUCUCUGGGCCACCAGUUUUACCCUUGCCACCUUGGCUACACUGAGAACCAGUAAGUCCCACCUGUGUCUCCCCAUGUCCAGUCUUAUGGAUGGGGAAGGAAAAGCCAUUCUAUCUCUGUAUGUUGUCGAUUUUACCUUCUGUGUUGCUGUGGUGUCUGUCUCUUACAUCAUGAUUGCUCAGACCCUUCGGAAGAAUGCGCAAGUCAAAAAGUGCCCCCCUGUGAUCACAGUUGAUGCUUCCAGACCACAGCCAUUCAUGGGGGCCUCUGUGAAGGGAGGUGAAGAUGCCAUCCAGUGCACAAUGCCAGCUCUAUAUAGGAACCAGAAUUAUAAUAAACUGCAGCAUAGUCAAACUCAUGGAUACAUUAAGAAUCCCAACCAAAUGCCAAUCCCCUCGGCCAGUCGGCUCCAGCUGGUAUCAGCAAUCAACCUUUCCACUGCCAAGGAUUCUAAAGCAGUCGUCACCUGUGUGAUCAUCGUCUUGUCGGUGCUGGUGUGCUGUCUUCCUCUGGGGAUCUCCCUGGUGCAGCUGGUUCUGUCUGACAACGGGAGCUUCAUUCUUUACCAGUUUGAACUGUUUGGAUUUACUCUGAUAUUUUUCAAGUCAGGAUUAAAUCCAUUUAUAUAUUCUCGGAACAGUGCUGGGCUGAGGAGGAAAGUGCUCUGGUGCCUCCAGUACAUUGGCCUGGGCUUUCUCUGCUGCAAACAGAAAACUCGACUUCGAGCCAUGGGAAAGGGGAACCUUGAGAUCAAUAGGAACAAAUCUUCUCACCAUGAGACAAACUCUGCCUACAUGCUGUCUCCAAAACCACAGAAGAAAUUUGUGGAUCAGGCAUGUGGCCCAAGCCAUUCAAAGGAAAGUGUAGCAAGUCCCAAAGCCUCUGCUGGACAUCAGCACUGUGGUCAGAGCAGCUCGACACCCAUCAACACUCGGAUUGAACCUUACUAUAGUAUCUAUAACAGUACCCCUUCCCAGGGGGAGAGCAGUCCGGACCCGUCACAGCCAGUGAACUCUUUUGGAUUUGCCAGUUCGUACAUUGCCAUGCACUAUUACACCACCAACGACCUGAUGCAGGAAUAUGACAGCACAUCAGCAAAGCAGAUCCCCGUCCCGUCUGUUUAAAGUAACAGGGUCAGAGCAUCUGCAGGGAGAGUGUUUUUUCCUGAAGUCAGUGGCAAAGCAAACCGUGAGGAGUCAACUGAAGAGCUGACUGUUAGGCUUUGUUUUGUCUGAAAUACUAGUAUCGGAUUUGCUUCAUGGUU